CCGACCAAAUGGACCUGGACUCUCUUGCUCCUUCCGACACGCACACUUCGUACCAUUCCGUCAACACAGGCAACCAUACGCACUCAGUUAACUGCGAAAAGGCUCCAAUCGUCUACCUACGUGCGGCUCUGGUGCAAACCGUAUUACCUCUUGACGAGUGUGUGCUUGGGCUGGCUAAUGCGAGUUUGGCAAAACGCCAUUUGCAUAUGGUCGGUAGAACGCUUUUUACUCGGACAUUGUGGGCGGUUAUUACCAAGUGCAGCUCUCCUGAUAGUAAAUGCUUUCAUUGCUUCCAGCUCCAUAACGUGCGGUUUAUACGCGUUCGGACGUCAAGAUGGCCCCAGAUGACCUGCAGGAACAGCACAGCCCGCUGGCUUCCACCGAGCUGGUCGCUAUGCUGGCUUCAAUGGACCUGUCAGCCAUAGUAACUGAUGAUAGGGCCAGUUCGCCAGGCAGGAGGGCAUUUCCGCGACAGUCAUUGGGUCCGCUCACAGACGCUUCGCCAAUGGAGGUAGAAAGUCCGCCGAAACGGGCCGCCAGCUCACUGACGGCUGGGCAACGGGCUGCAGCAUUGUUUGGCGUUGGUGCUUCGGAUUCUGUGCAGCAAGGGUCGCAUUGGGCUGCUCGUGGAUUCCCUGGAAAGAGCCCCACAAAGCCCCUUGCCCGUCCUCGAGCCUUCUUCAAACGGAGUGCGACUGUUCACGUCGAAUCGACCGGAUACAGCAGCGGACAUAAUGAAGCGAUGCUGCUUGGGCCAAGUUCAUCUACAGAUACAGCGCCCGGCACACCUGACCCACGUCGUCGCUUCGCACGUACGCAGACGGAUCCUCUCACACGAAGCAUGUCGAUAACCCGUCCCGCACAUGCAGCAUCCGCCAUCAGUCCGAAAGGCAGCCCGCAUCGCGACAAGGGAGCGUCAUCAAUGCGACAACUGGCGGGAACGAAACGGCCGUGCAUGACACCUCCUUCUCGAUCGCCCAGCCACUGUCUGGCGAGUUCUUGUCCGCGGCAGGAGAUGCACCAGUUCCAGCUCACCCUGCUCAAGAAGCUUCCACGGGCACCUGCGAAACGUUUACGCCGAACAGCGACAAACAUCGACGUGCCCACCAGGAUAAAACGACUCGAUUUUGAUAGAUUCCUUUCCUCUUUCCCAAACGAAGACCCUCAAGACACCGUCAUAGAAAGCUCCAACAAGCGUGUACGCCGGACCGGAAGCGAGACGGACCUCAAAGAGAAGGUCCGCAGAUACAUGCCCAGGCCGUCGGAUCCCGGUCCCCUUGCGUCGAUGAUGCCUUUGACCUUAGACCGGUCAACGACGAUGGGAGAAUUAGAAGGGACGCAAGGAGAGGAGGCCAACGUCUUUCUUCUAGACCCCUCGCUCCACGGUCGGCUACUCCCAACGCCUGCACCGUAUUUUUUUGGAAGCUCUUCAACAACCGGAACAAGUUCAAACACAGCUCACGCUCAACCAAUUAUACCCUACACCGCGCCGGCUUCAGCAGCUACCCCGACCCAGCAACAACAGCAGCCAAACGACUACUUUUCAUUCUCGCUCAAAUGGUCCUCUCCGCACGCGAUGGCCAGCCCCGCCGCUGACGAUGAGGACUCGCAGCUUGCGUUUGGCGGUGUCCACCUUCCGGAACCUCCAUCGCCGUGUUUUAGACAGAUGGAGAAAGCGCAGGCGGCACAGGCAGUCGAGCUGCUUGUGCACAGCUUAGAAGCUGAUCUCAAAUUUUGAGUGGACGGUAUCAUUUUGGGAGCGACACUUUGUAUGGCAUCGAAUUGGGGGAAAACGGGGACGAAGUGUCGCAUGGAGAUAUGGACCCGCGUUGGGGAUAUGGACUAUGUAAAGGAUGUGAAGGAUGUGGACUUAAGAGUUGGAUGGUGGUUUUUGGCCGGAGCGGCAUGUUUUCCUACACAUAUUGAGUAUUGCAAAAGGUUCACCGCUGUAUAUAGCCGGAAAGAUUGUUCCAUUGCUCUUCGUUCCGAGCGGCAAGCCAAAGAAGUGGGUAUCCAUUUUUCUAUUGCGAGCGGCAAGUAUG